AUGAGCAAGCAGGAAAAAUCAGUAGAAGAAAGAUAUUAAAAAAAAUCCCAAAUUGAGCAUAUUCUUCUUCGUCCUGACUCUUAUGUUGGGUCUAUAGAAAAUGAAUAAAAGUCAUUAUGGAUUCUAAACAAGGAGGGAACAGCAUUAGAAGAAAAAGAAAUAGAUUUCGUUCCAGCAUUUUAUAAAAUAUUUGAUGAAAUUAUAGUCAAUGCUGCAGAUAACUUUUAAAGAAAUUAAGAUGGAGCUCCUAUGGAUACAAUAAAAGUUAUGAUUGAUCAAUAAAAUCAAAUGAUCUCAGUUUGGAAUAAUGGACAAGGAAUCCCUAUAUAAAUUCAUAAAGAGCAUAAUAUUUAUAUUCCAGAAAUGAUUUUUGGUCAUCUAUUAACAAGCUCUAAUUACGAUGAUAAAGAAGAGAAAGUAGUAGGCGGUCGUAAUGGAUUUGGUGCUAAAUUAACAAAUAUUUUUUCUAAAAAAUUCAUUGUUGAAUGCAAUGAUGACAAGCGUAAAAAAUAUUACAAGUAAGAAUGGCGUAAAAAUAUGUCUGAAAGAACAGAGCCUUUGAUUACAGAAAAUAAAAAAGGUGGUAAUUUCACAUGUGUAACAUUCUAUCCUGACCUUUCUAAAUUCAAGAUGCAAAAUAUUUCUGAUGAUAUGGCAAAUUUACUAAGAAAAAGAGUUUAUGAUAUGGCUGGUAUUUUUAACAAUAAGGUCAAAGUUUAUUUGAAUAAUGAACAAAUAAAAAUAAAAUCCUUUAGUUAAUAUGUUAACUUGUUUAUACCUGACAUUGAAGAACAAUACAAAUGCUAUGAUCCAACUAUGACUUCUGACAGAUGGGAGAUUUUAGUUACUUUUUCAGAUGGUUAAUUUAAGUAAGUAUCGUUUGUAAAUGGUAUUUGCACAUCUAGAGGUGGUAAGCAUGUAGAUUUUGUCAUUGAUAAAAUUGUUGAGAGAAUGCAAGAAUAAAUCUUGAAAAAGAAUAAAGAUCUUGAUAUCAAGCCUCAUUAAAUCAAACAAAAUUUAUUCAUAUUUAUGAAUUGCCUUAUUGUUAACCCUUCGUUUGAUUCUCAAACCAAAGACACUCUUACAACAAAAGCCUCAGCUUUUGGAUCAAAACCUGAAUUAUCAGAAAAAUUUAUCAAAAAAAUAUUGGGUACUGGUAUCAUUGAGUAAAUUGUUUCCUAAGCUAAAGCUCGUCAGAAUGCUAAAUUAGCAAAAACUUUAAAGGGUGGGAAAAAAGGAAGAAUUACAGGUAUCCCAAAACUUGAUGAUGCUAAUGAUGCAGGAACAGCAAGAAGUGAAAACUGUACAUUAAUCUUAACCGAAGGAGAUUCAGCUAAAGCAUUAGCAAUGGCUGGUAUAGAAGUUGUAGGUAGGGAUAAUUAUGGUGUAUUCCCAUUAAAGGGUAAGCUACUUAAUGUUAGAGAAGCAAAUAAGAAAUAGAUCAUCGAAAACCAAGAAAUAUAAAAUAUAUGCAAAAUCAUAGGGCUAGAUCCUGCUGUUUAAAACUAUGAAAAUACAAAGCAAUUAAGGUACGGAUCUUUAAUGAUCAUGGCUGAUUAGGAUAGUGAUGGUUCCCAUAUUAAAGGUUUGGUCAUAAACUUUAUUCAUCACUUCUGGCCUUCUCUGUUUAAAAUGAAAGGGUUUUUAAAAGAAUUUAUUACUCCCAUCCUUAAAGUUACAAAAGGAGAUGAAGUUCAUUCAUUCUUUACAAUAUAAGAUUUCAAAAAUUUUGCUGCUUAAAAAGGAGACCGCCUUAAGUAAUACAAAGUUAAGUACUACAAAGGUCUUGGUACUUCGACUGACAAAGAAGCUAAAGAAUAUUUCUCCAAUUUCUAUAAGCAUCAAAUUAAUUUUUAAUAUUUAGAUGAAAACGAUAUGGAAGCUAUUGAAUUAGGUUUUUCAGGUAAAAAAAUAAAAGAACGUAAGGACUGGCUAGCUAAUUAUGAUCCUAAUUCAUUUGUUGAUUAUAAUAUAAAAUAAUUAAGAUACAAGGAUUUUAUUGAUAGAGAGCUUAUUCACUUCUCAAAUGCUGAUAAUUUAAGAUCUAUCCCAUCGUUAUGUGAUGGCCUAAAGCCUGGUCAAAGAAAAAUUCUAUUUUCUUGUUUUAAAAGAAAUUUAAAAUCAGAAAUCAAAGUAGCUUAAUUAAUUGGUUAUGUUGCUGAGCACUCUGCAUAUCACCACGGUGAAUAAUCACUCGCUUCAACUAUCAUCGGAAUGGCAUAAAAUUUUGUAGGUUCUAAUAAUAUAAAUCUUAUGAUGCCUAUUGGUUAGUUUGGUACACGUAAUCAAGGUGGAAAAGAGCAUGCCUCUGCAAGAUACAUUUUUACAAGUCUGAGCAAAAUUACUAGAAUACUUUUUCCAGAGCAUGAUGAUCAUGUACUGAAGUAUUUAGAAGACGAUAAUCAAGUAGUAGAACCAGAAUGGUACAUGCCAAUUAUUCCUAUGUGUUUAGUAAAUGGUAGUAGUGGUAUUGGUACUGGUUGGUCAACUGAUAUUCCUAACUAUAAUCACAAGGAAAUUGUUGAAUAAAUUAGAGGGAAGCUGGAAGGAAAGCCAUUUACUGAAUUACAUCCUUGGUACAAAGGAUUUUAAGGUUAAAUAGAAAUUAAUCCUAAAGGUGGGUAUAUAGUCAAAGGGUAAUACGAAAUCGAUGAAGUUGAAGAAACAAUAAAAAUUACUGAAUUACCUGUUGGUAAAUGGACAAGAGACUAUAAGAAUUAUUUAGAAGAGCUACUAUCACCACCAAAAGGAGAACCUGAAAUUGAAGACAUUCGUGAAUAUCAUACAAAUAAUAGAGUUCAUUUUGAAGUACAAGCAAUACCAGGGAGAAUAUAAUAAUGGGGUGACAUUGAGAAAAAGCUUAAAUUAAGCACAACAAUGCAAACAACUAAUAUAGUUAUGUUUAAUGAUAAAUAUAAAUUAAAAAGAUAUCAAAGUACUGUAGAAAUAAUGGAAGAAUUUUAUGCUUUACGUCUCAAAUGCUACUAAAAAAGAAAAGAUUAUUUAGUCAGCAAAAUUCAAAGAGAUGUUGAUAUUUUAUAAAAUAAGAUGAAAUUUAUUACAUUAGUUGUCAAUGGUACUUUGGAAAUUAGAAAUGCCAGAAAGAAAGGAGUUCUGAAUAAACUUAAGGAGUUAGGUCUGACUCCAAUGUCAAAAAUAACCAGAAUCAAUUCGACAAAAAUCUAGGCAUUUGAAGAAAAAAAGAAAGAAAGUUAAGCUGAAAAAAAUGAAGAUAAUGAAGAUGAAGAAGUUUAAUAAGACGAAGAGGAAGAAGAAGAAUAAGUUUAAGAAGGAGAAAUUCCUUUAUCUGAAUACAACUACCUUCUCUCUAUGCCUAUCUUUUCUUUGACAGAAGAAAAGGUAUUAUAACUCAAAAAAUAAGUAGAAGAAAAGGAAAGUGAACUUUUGAUCUUAUAAAAGAAAGAAAUAAAAGAUAUGUGGACAGAAGAUUUAGAUAAAUUCAUAGAAGUUAUUGAAUAAGUAGAAGAAAAAGAAGAAAAAGAGAGACUUACAGGUAAAGGGUUUACAUAGAAUGGCAAAGCCCGUGCUAAAAAGAAAAAUAACAAUAAAGAAAAAGAAUAAAAAAAAUAAUAAAAUAACUCUUCAGAUGACGAAAGCGAAAAGAAAACUGUUGUAAAAAAUAAAAAUCCAUAAAAAUCUGAUAAUGAAAAAUAAAAGCCAAAAGAAAAUAAUGAUAAAUAAAAGAAAAUAGAUGAAAGUUUUCUUGUGAAGAAAAAAAUGGAUGCAGAACAAUAAAAAACAGAAGAAAAGGUAUAAAAGAAAGAAUAGAAGAAAGAGCCAAUGAAGUAGCUCUCACUGAUUGAAAGAAUAUCUUAAAAAUAUAGUAAUCAGGCGGAAUAAUAAGUAACGGCAGAUAUACUUGACACAAAUAAACGUAAAAAAGAUCCAUCUUCAACUUCUACCUCUGUUUAUUCAAUGGAUAUGCCAUAAUAAAACCUAAAGCGAAAGAAAAAUAAUAAAUUGAAAGAAGAUGAUGAUGAUUUUGACCUUGAUUUAGAUUUCUUAGAACCUAGUUAGAUAAUUAUGAAUCCUAGCUAAGAUCCUAAUAAAAGAACCUUAAGGUCAAAUGGGAAGAAGCCAAGAACGAUUUAUAAACUAGAUUCGGAUUCUGAUAAUGAUGAAUUCAAUCAGUAAAAUGAUGAAUCUGAUGAAGAAGAGGAAGAGGAAUUUGUUAUGAUGCCUUCUAAGAGCAAUAAGAAAAAAUUAUUUGAUGAGGAUGAGGAUGAUUGA